GAAAAAAAAAAAAAAAAAAAAAGAAAAGAAAAAUACAAGCACUGAGUUGGGGUGGCUCGCUUCCCUGGCAGAUCUUCUCCUGUCUCCAACCUCCCGCUCAUCCUGUGAAUCGCUUCAAAUCGAAGAAAUUUGUUUUAAUGCGGUGGACGGAGAAGGCAUUAUAAGAAGAAUCAGUAGAGAUAUUGCAUUCUCGAAUCUUGAGAAGGAAGGCAGAUUUUCUUCUUCCCUCUUUAAACCUGAUCAGAUCUACUAUUUCGAAAUGGGGGAAUCCUUUCUUAGAUUUUCAGCUCUGGUGCGCGAUGGCCUUGGGCUUGGUAUGUAAUGAGAUUGCAGGGUUGAAUCGGUGGAGAUCUAGAAGUGGAGAUGGGCGAGAGCCAGCGCUUUCAGAUGGGUACCGUUGGUGCGUUGUCGCUUUCUGUGGUCUCUUCGGUGUCAAUUGUGAUCUGCAACAAGGCACUUAUUAGUUCCCUCGGCUUUUCGUUCGCCACGACCUUGACAAGUUGGCAUCUAUUGGUGACCUUUUGUUCUCUUCAUGUGGCACUAUGGAUGAAGUUGUUCGAACAUAAGCCUUUUGAUCCAAGGGCAGUAAUGGGCUUUGGAAUACUAAAUGGAUGCUCUAUUGGUCUUUUGAAUUUAAGCCUUGGUUUCAACUCCGUCGGUUUCUACCAGAUGACAAAGCUAGCAAUCAUCCCGUUCACUGUUUUGUUAGAAACUCUCUUCUUCAGAAAGAAUUUCAGUCGGAGCAUCAAAUUCUCACUAGCUCUCCUCCUGUUUGGUGUUGGUAUUGCGACUGUGACAGAUCUUCAACUCAAUAUGCUCGGAUCUAUCUUGUCACUUCUUGCAAUUUUUACAACAUGCAUUGCUCAGAUUAUGACUAACACAAUUCAGAAGAGGUUUAAAGUCUCAUCUACACAGCUCUUAUAUCAGUCUUGUCCUUAUCAGGCAAUAACUUUAUUUGUUAUUGGCCCUUUCCUCGAUGGACUUCUAACUAAACAGAAUGUUUUUGCAUUCAAGUAUACACCUCAAGUUCUGGUCUUUAUUGUGCUUUCUUGCCUAAUAUCUGUCUCUGUGAACUUCAGUACUUUUCUUGUGAUUGGAAAAACAUCCCCAGUCACAUAUCAAGUUUUGGGUCAUCUCAAAACAUGUUUAGUUCUAGCAUUUGGCUAUGUUUUACUGCAUGAUCCGUUUUGCUGGAGAAAUAUAUUGGGAAUUUUCGUAGCAGUAGUUGGAAUGGUCCUGUAUUCUUACUAUUGCUCAAUCGAAAGCCAGCAAAAAGCUAAUGAAGGGACUGUCCAGUUAUUACAGGCAAAGGAAAGCGAGGUUGCUCCUUUACUUGGUGUUGAAAAUGGAACAAGUUUAGCCACUGAUGGUCUCCUUCCCAAAGUUCCAUCUUGGAGCUCAAACAAAGAUCUAAAUGCCUGAGCUCUUCCUUCCCAAAUUUUGCAAGAUCUUUUUCCAGGAGUACACAAUUCUUUGGCUAGUUCCUACAAAGUUGGAACCUGGGAGCCACAUUCUUAUAAUCGUUUUUGUUCUGCUUAAUAUAUAUACAGAAGGUUAAAUUAUGAACUGUAUAUUAAUGAUUAUUCCCUUGAGAGUGACUAUAUGGUUGACUCAUGUAAAUCAGUUGAGCUCUUUGAACUAAAUAUUUCAUUAAGUAUUUGAACUUUGCUGUAUCUUAUUAUUAGCAGUCUUCUGUUCAGUAAAUAAACUAUGUACUCUGAUAUUCAAUUCCAACAUGGGCUGUGAGUUGAUCAUUUUGUUCUACUUGUGCCUGUUCUUUCUAAAACUUAUGUAAAGGAAAAUGGAAAAUACAUCCAAAAUAAUAUCUGAAAAUGAAGUUAUUCGAGUUUA